AUGGCCAUCGCUGUCGACCCCGUCAUCUUGGCUGCCUUUGGGGAGCCCCCGGAGGGCCUGGACCUCGAGGAACGUCGGGUCGUAAACCACAACGUCGCCGUGUGUGUUUCCCUGGGCCUCGCCGUGGCGGCCGUGGCCUUGCGGCUGUAUGUGCGCAGACUGAAAGGGGCCCGGCUUUGGUUCGAUGACUAUGCCAUCAUCUUUAGUACUUUUUGCUGUGGCGGAACCGUGGCCAUUACCGUUUUGGCAGGGCAAUACGGUGCCGGUGAGCACGUCUGGGCAACAAAUAUCCCCCGACUAUUAAAUCUUCUCAAGGUUAUUUAUGCUGAGGGAUACGUUUAUGGGUUGGCUGUCACCGCCACUAAGAUCAGCAUCCUCCUCUUUUAUCGCCGUCUCCUCUACUCAAGCCCAUCACCGAGGAGCCUGUUCUCCAUCCUAUACUGGGUGGCCUUCUUUCUCGCAACCUCCUACCCCGUCAUCCUUUGGGUCAUCAUGGCCACGGCUUGUCGGCCGAUAAGCUUCUAUUGGAACCAGUACGCCGGUGCUGAGGGUCAAUGCAUUAAUAUUAAAAGCUUCUUACUAGCUUUGGGAAUCAUCAACAUGCUUAACGACAUUAUGAUUCUGACUGUUCCUAUUCCGAGGAUUCUCGAGCUUCAAUUGAGCAAAAAGUUGAAGGCUUCAACCAUUGGAAUUAUGUUACUCGGGGGCUUCGUUUGUAUUGCCAGCAUUGUGCGCAUUUAUUACAUAUACCAAUUCUCUCGAAAACUAGAUGCCACAUGGUGGAUGGGUCCCACCAUGGCAUGGUCCAGUAUCGAGCCAUCUAUUGCCAUCGUAUCGGCCUGCCUUCCCACGUUUGCGCCACUCUUUCGAUUCAACAGACCACACAGGUCAGGAAGCAACCCAUACUACAUCAGCGACAAGACGGUCGCAUCAAGAAAGGGAACACAGGUGGCCAAUGAGGACGACGAGGUUGAGCUUACCUGCAAGGUGGUAGCAAGAGAUGCGGCUUCAAGUCAAGGGUCGGAUAGCAAGAGGAACUCAAUUGAGGAGAGGGGUAUCGUUGUAAGUACCCACGUGUCGGUUGUCUCAAGUGGCAGGAAAGGGCCUCGCCAUAAAUUGGGUUCGGUAUCCAGCGUGGAGUAG